UAUAUUUCUGCUAUCCUCUGUACUUUCUUGGCUAUUUUUCUAUGUUACCGUAUCUUUCCGCUUAAUAUUAUCUUUAAUUUCGCUGUAAUAUUUGCUAUAGUAUUCGGUGUGUUUUCUGAUAUCUCUGAUAUCACAAAACCUCUCAUAAUCCCUCGCAGUCAGUCUCUCGUCAAGAUUUCUUCUGAAAAUUUUCUCUCGUGUUUUAUUAUCGUUAUUUAUUGCGUUCGACUAUUUAUCGACAAUUCUCUCUUGUGAAUUAGCUCGUAGCGUUACUUUUGUGUAAAAACGCCCUACGAUUAUAUUUUGUUUUUGUUUAAUUAAAGUUGGGAAUCGCGCCAAAGUGUCAGAGGUAAGUCCUCCACUGAGGGUAACGGCAGUUUAACGUUACAAGGUAUAAUAUUCGGGAAAGUUUAUCGGGCGAAAAAGGGCAUCCCUUGUUAAGAGGGGCCAAAUACCCCUGUUUCGGAAUUGUCAAACUAUCCGUUCAGAAACGUUUUCUUGGUCAGAAAAACGUCUGCUCAGUGGUCCAUAACUGAAUAACCUCCUCCACCCUCUCCGGGGGAGAAAAGAAAACGACAUUUUAUGUAUUCGAUUUUUUACCUCAAUACUCGAUUCACGGAUCCUUACCAAAAGUCCUUUUAUGUAAAUUAAUUUUGGCGCAUUCUUCCACUUUUUUUGCCAUUCUUUCACUAUUUUCGACCAUAUAUUCAGAAAAAGUUGUCGGAAUAGCUUUGGAAUAUCGAGAUUUGUCUUUUAAAUAUUACUAUACCUAAUAUUGAACUUUGAGUUGAUGAAAUAUUUUAGCUCAGGGCUAAAAUUAAUAAGUCGCAACAAUUUGUUGUUUUAAUUUUUUUCGUUUAUCCGCAAGUCAAAGUCAAAUUUCCUGAAUCUAUACUAAUAUUAUAAAAAGGCAAAAAAUUUCUGAUUUGUUUGUUUGUUUGUAUGUAGAGGGUAAUCUCUGGAACUACUGGACCGAUCUUCAAACAUUUUUUUCACUAAUAAAAAGCUAAACUUUCCCUGAGUAAUAUGAGCCAUAACUCAGUUUGAUAAAAAUAAGUUUUUAGUUUGAGUUCUAAAUUGGUGACUUAAGUCGGAUGAAAAAGCAUUGUUUGACUGCUUUAUCGGCGUCCUCUAACCAAAUGGUUCGAUAUAUGUGAAAUAUAACAUCAGUGCGAUGUGAUAGAUAAAUUCAUACGUUUCGGGGUUACAAAGCCAUCUUUUGUGAAAGUUUCAAGUGGAGAGACACUUACGUGAUUAAAUGUACAUUUAACUUAGAUUUGUCUAUCCGCCCGAAGUUAUUAAAAUAUAAUACUAGUGAUAAUUGUGAUACCAAUAUACGGGAUUGAAAGAUUAUUAAAGUCACUAUUCGGAUCAAAUAUGUGAAAGAAAUCGCUUCGUGCUCUUAUCCAUAACUCUGUAAAGUUUCUAUGGAACUAAACAUUAACAGUGGAGAUGAUAUUUCGUCCUCGUUACCCUUUCUUAAAUAUUGUAAUAACUCGACGUACGAGGACCGCGGAAAGCUAAUGAAGCCGAAUAACUGGCCACCGGAGUUUAUGCGAAUGUUACAGUAUACUAUUCCCACUUUGCGAACAAUUUGUGAGGGUCAAGGCCGAGCCGCGGACCCGAUGUAAAAUUCUAAAGUGAAUGUGGGAAGCCAGGAGGAACAGCCACCCAUGCCUUCGCUUUGGUUACUUCUGAUACUGAAUUUAGCGCCAAUAAUGCCAUUGACGUCAGUCGGUCCAGCGCUUUGCACAAGCGACGAUGCGAAGAGCGAUACGUUUGUAUUUCGCGAUCGUUACGGGGACAGUCCUGGCUUCCAAGAGGUGCAUUUCAAUCUGAAAUUUUCCUGCGUUUGGUCCGCCGUCGAUCCGGAAUCUGCGAAAAAUCCUCCCCCGUGUCUGAACGCGGUGAAGAUAUUGCCGAAAAGAAUUUCCGGAGAUAAAGAAAACAUCUAUAUGAAAGCCGAGGAAUUUAUAAGCGAGAUAACACAUCUCAUUCCCACCGUAAAGCUCAACUUUACCGGCAAUUUUACACAAGAUUUGUGGAACGGUAAGAAACAUAGGAAAAAUCGUCCGAGGCUUGAGAAGAGACUGCAGAUCGGUAUUUAUCGUAGUCACAGUAUAAAUCCAGAAGAGAAAUUCAACUCUUGGCAGCGCAACGUUCCUCGCGUCGAAUCCAACGUCACGGAUACCAUUGAAAUAUCAACGUCGUCGCGCAACAACACUCGUGGAAUUCACGAGGACAGGAUUACGAGAGAAAAUUGCACUCACAAGUAUGCCGGAAGCAUAAACUGUGCCGAUGACGUGAUUGACCGUUUCAGAUCAACGUGGCCGGUUCACCUGUGGCUGGCACAAAAUUUCUCAUCCUUCAACACCCACUGGCUAAAAUUUCCGCCACCUUCUCCGGCCGCUUAUUACACUCUGGCUGUUCUUUACGCAAUUAUUAUGGUGUUCGGCAUUUGUGGCAAUGCGUUUGCCAUCUACAUGUUCUUAAGAUGUCGAUCCCUGCGGACUCCCGCCAACGUUCUGGUAAUGAAUUUGGCUGUCAGCGAUCUUCUGCUACUCAGCAAAAUGCCGAUAUUUAUCUACAACAGUAUCUACCAUGGACCGGCGCUCGGAAAUUUUGCCUGUCAAUUAUACGGGUUUCUCGGCGGUCUUACUGGGACCGUCUCCAUCAUGACCUUAGCGAGUAUCGCUGCGGACAGGUACAACGUCGUCGCGGAACCUUUCAAGCGGACGACUUACGCCAGAGCUCGGGUCACCGUCGCCCUGACCUGGGUCUACGGGGCGACAUUUGCCGGUCUUCCGCUGGUCGUUCCAAGCCUCGGAAGAUACAAACCCGAGGGCUAUUUGACCAGCUGUAGCUUUGACUACCUCACCCCGGAACCGAGGGUCAAGGCGUUCAUUUUGUGCUUCUUCGUCGCAGCCUGGCUCCUGCCCUUCUGCCUAAUAUCCUUCUGCUACAUCGGGAUACUGCGAGUCGUUAUGGCCGCCCGCCAUUUGAAUGUCGGCGAUCAGGUCGUCGAGACUUCCAACAAACACUGCCGGGAGGAGGAGAAAAGGCGGACGGAACUAAGAUUGGCGUUCGUAGUGAUCGGUAUAAUCGGGAUGUGGUUCGUCUCGUGGAGUCCCUACGCCGUGGUCGCCCUCCUCGGCGUCUUCGGGCAGAAUCACCUGGUCACACCCUUGGCCAGCAUGGUCCCAGCCCUCUUCUGCAAGACGGCUUCCUGCCUGGAUCCCUACGUCUACGCGGUCGCCCAUCCUCGGUUCCGAAGCGAGCUUCAUCAUCUGACGAAACGUAGCCGACGCAAACGAUCCGCCAGGCAAUGGAGCCCUCAGCACCGAAGUCAGACGACCUGUCCGCGUCUGACGCGGCAUCCGGAUGGCCUCGACAACGGCGUCGAAGAGGAAAUGCAGUGCCUCGGAAGCAUCGAGAUAAUAUCGAUGGCAUCGCGUCGAUCGGUGUCCAGAGAUACAGCAACGAACUUCAGUUCUUCGGUCAGAACUACGAGCUGCUCUUUUAACCAACCCAAGGCUGCCCUAGCGUUGUAUACCGACUCACCGGAAAUCGGUUGAUCAUGACAAGAUUUUACUUUACAGGAUUAUUCCGCAUCGGGAUAAAAAUCGUUGUUUGACACAAGUAUUUGAUAGAAUACGAUUCGCGUUUGUGAAAUAAUUUGCGCAUUGUUAUAAAACUUUAAAAAACAUAAAGAAUAUUUCCUUCUCUCGUAUAUACAUCAUUUCAAUUUAUGUCAAACUUGUAUAAAUAUCAAUGCUCCGAUAAUCGAUCUCUAAAAAAAUACCUUAGUCGUCUACCAAUACACCAAUGUGCGGUGUAUUUAUUUAUCGAAAGAUACGAAGAUGAUGUUGAAAAAAAAAGAAGAAGAAAAAAAAGAAAUGACAAAUAAAAAUAUGAACGAAAAUAAAGAGCAACGGCGCAACAAUCAACGGAAAAAC